AUGCAACCCAACCAAAUGAUUGUGAACGCUGGUGGAGCCGGGUCUCCUGGGUACUAUGCUUGGCAAGCCAAUCCUGCCCCUCACCCCUUGACGAUAGGUGCCGAGAUGCCACCAUAUUGGCGCGCCAGCGAUGGAAAAAUAGCGAAGCGUGUUCUACGCUUGCGGGAAUUCACUCCUGCUCAGCAGAGCUUCCCCGGCAUCCAUUUUAGCGUUAGGAAUUGGUGCGGUGUGAACGUGUCAGAUAUUCUGAAACAAACAGUUGUUGAUUGUCCGACUGACGUGGUAUUCGCUCAUCACGGCUGGCGAACAACUACUCUGGCACUAAAUUGGCCCGGAUACGUACCCAACCGUUCUUCGGAUGCAUCUCGUCGUCGCUUUAGCACAUAUAUGAAUGGCAACUUACCGAUGACUCGUCAAGGAUUCGCUAGAGUUAUUGCCGAGCUGAUUCAAGAUCUUUACAACUGUGCAAAGAACAAGCCCGUUGCGCGUGGUUGGGAAGAUUGGGCAUUUAGCAAAAACAAAGUUCAUCCGUCCAAGGUGUACAUCCUAUCGGCCCAUUAUUACAGGAAUGUUUGGGUCCCUGAGCUCUACGUCGCUGACAUGGAAUGA